AGGGGGGGGGCGUAGAUGGAGAGGAGGGAAGCAGCAUCUCCAGGAGUAAUCUAGAUCCGCUUUCCAGGCGGAGAACUAGAGAUAGGCUCUAGUCUCCUCCCGACAUCGACUUUGUUGUCGAUCUGGUGAAUCGCAGCAAACGGCAACGGAGAGACUUCCAUCACCGGUCCCACUGAAGGGGGUCAGCCAAGCCCCCAACUGAUUGUAAGGAAACGCACUAUGGCCUAUCCACGAAAGCUUCUGGAGGACCUUCAAGGAACGAUGUUCGAGUACUUGCAUCAAGACGAGGCAGAGUUCUUGUACGAGGAAGUGUUUGUGCGACGCUGUUAUUUUCAGCAUGGCAUCCGUGUCGAGGAAGGUGCCGUUGUUGUCGACGCUGGUGCAAACAUUGGGCUAUUCUCGCUGCAAUGUCUCAGAGAGGCAAAAGGGGUGCAGGUGUUUGCCUUUGAGCCGAUCCCGGUGAUUUACGACGUUCUAGUCCGCAACCUGUUCAACGCCUCCUCGGGUCCCGUCAAGGAGGGAACCUGUCCGAAGCCCGUCGCCCUUCGUGUAGCUCUAGGGGCCGAACAGGCUGAAGAGGAGUUCUAUUUUUUCCGAGACAACCCGGGAGAGAGCACCAGGCAUCGAGGAGAGCGUGGGGAGCAGCAGCAAGCUUUAGAGGCGGACGUAGACGCCGCAUCUUGGCGACGAGUUGUUGAAGAAGGGAAACAUCCAGAUCGCGCUAGAGGUGCACGAUAUUGAUGGGCGAC